AUGAAGCAUUCCAUUACUUCUUCUAAAGGUGAUGAUUUUGAAAGUAGAGUUUUUAGAUACCUUAGAAAUGAAUUAAAGAUUGACUGCCAAAGGGUGAGACAGAGAACUGGAAGCGCACCGCGGCCACGGGGAAUGUUACAGAGCCAAGUAAUAAUUACUUGUGAACGUCCUUCUCUGUUUGUCUGUUAUCCGAAAAGAUGCAUUUGGGUCUGUGAUGAAUAG